CUUACACCAACAGCACGCACGCACAGGUCCGGGACAGCUCGAGUUAGUGGCAACUCGCGGACGCAUGCGUGCACGACCCCCCCGAGUAAGAAAACCAGAGAAAACGAGGACCGAGAUUUCUUCGAGGUUUGAGGAGACCAGGGAGUUCUUUCCAGGUUUUGGUUUUGUGUGGAGACUGGACGUGUCCAGACUCGUGUGCAGCGCGCGCAGCAGACAUGGACGGACACAACGCGCCCUCCUGACCGGAUUAAAAACAGCUCUCCUCUUCUUCAGCACCCAAAGAAUUCCAAUAUCUCCUCUGCUGACUUCCAGAGGGAAACUUUUCCUCCCCCCUCCUCCUCUCUGGGUGACAACUCUGCGGGAUUUCCAUGAAGCGACGCCUCGGGUGACUCGACUCGUCCCGGGUUCUGCUCCGGUUCCAGCCGGACAUCAUGUGGACACCGACCGAGGACGAGAAAAUCGGUGUUGUCAUCUGCAACUUCCGAGGCUCGGUGACUCAGGGUUUGGCUCUGGAGGUCGGAGAGACGGUUCAGAUUUUGGAAAAAUGUGAAGGAUGGUACAGAGGAUUCUCAACAAGGAAGCCAAACGUCAAGGGAGUUUUUCCUGCCAGCUACGUUCACCUGAAGAAAGCCGUCGUGACAAACCGCGGGCCACAUGAGACUGUGGUGCCUCUGGAAGAUCCAAUCGUUACCGAAGUGACACUGACGCUUCAGGAAUGGGCUUUACUGUGGAAGCAGCUCUACGUGACAUCUGGGUUUGGACUUGGUACCAAGGAAAGAGUUUGAGAUGGUUGAUGAAGACCAGAUAAGUGUGUCAGAUCUUUAUAAGAUGCAUCUGUCCAGCAGACACAGCGUCCAGCAGAGCACCACACAGGGUGAGAACCCUCGGCAGAGACAUGGAGAACCUUGCAGGGUUCCAGUUCCGCACCACCUGCUGGUCAAUCUGAAGAGCUUCACCUACAACAGCAUCGGAGAAGACACGGACAUCUUCUUUUCCCUCUAUGACCUGAGGGAGGGGAAGACGAUCAGCGAGAAGUUGAUGGUGAGACUGAACAAGAACGGAGGACCAAAGAAUCCAGAGAAGGUGGACAGGCUGUGUGCACUCUUCACGGACCUGAGCAACAAAGACAUGAAGAGGGACCUCUACAUCGUCUCACAGGUUGUUCGAACAGGUCGGAUGCUGUUAAACGACAGUAAAAAAGGCCCCCCGCACGUUCAGUACCGCCGACCGUACGGCUGCGCGGUACUGGCCAUGAGCGACGUCCUGCAGAUCAUCUCCGAGCUCAAGGAGGAGAAAGAUUUUGUUCUUAAAGUUUACACGUGUAACAAUGAGAACGAAUGGUACCAGAUCCAUGAGAACAUCAUCCGCAAGUCGAGCAACAAGUAUACAGCUCCAAGCAACAACUACGGCCUGAUCAUCUCCCUGCAGCUGCUCAGAGGCGACAUGGACCAGGUCCGCAGAGAAAACCCACUCAUUUUCAGCAGGGGGGUGGCAUUCACGCGCAAACUGGGAUUCCCAGACGUCAUCAUGCCAGGUGACAUCCGUAACGACCUGUACCUGACACUGGAGCGAGGGGAUUUUGAGCGAGGCGGGAAGAGCGUUCAGAAAAACAUCGAGGUGACCAUGUACGUCCUCUACGCCGACGGAGAAAUCCUGAAGGACUGCAUCAGUCUGGGUUCUGGUGAGCCCAACAUCCCUGAGUAUCGCUCCUUCGUGCUCUAUCACAACAACAGCCCUCGCUGGAGCGAAGUGAUCAAACUACCGAUUCCCAUCGAUCGUUUCAGAGGAUCCCACCUGCGCUUCGAGUUCAGACACUGUUCCACUAAAGACAAAGGAGAGAAGAAGCUGUUUGGUUUCGCCUUUACUCCUCUGAUGAGGGAAGAUGGAACAACUUUAUCUGAUGAAAGUCAUGAGCUCUACGUCUACAAGUGUGAUGAGAACACCACGUUCAGUAACCACGCUCUCUACCUGGGCCUGCCCUGCUGCAAGGACGACUUCAACAGCUGUCCCAACAUCCCCUCCAGCCUCAUCUUCCAGCGAAGCGUCAAGGAGACGUUCUGGAUCUCCACGCAGCUCUCCUCCACCAAGCUCACGCAGAACGUGGACCUGUUGGCUCUGCUCAAGUGGAAGGCUCAUCCUGACCGGGUCAUGGACAUCCUCGGGCGUCUUCGACACGUCAGCGGGGAGGAAAUAGUCAAGUUUCUCCAAGACAUUCUGGACACUUUAUUUUCCAUCUUGGAUGACAACACGGACAAAUACGGAGCCCUGGUGUUCCAGUCUUUGGUAAGUGAACACAAACAAAAAUAAAUCAAUAAAAAUAAUAAAUAAAUAAAGAC